AUGUCAGGAUCCGGGUAUUUCAACGUUGACAAACCCACAAUUUCAGGUCCCGAACAUGACCUCAUGGAGGAUUCUGGAGUUGUCUUCGAAGAUGAAGAUAAUUUUCCAGAAGAAACCCCAGGAGAACGCCUCGGAGCUAUAUUUGAAGAUGAAGAUAGCACUCAAGACGAUACCUUGGAAGAACGACUCGCGUUGAAAAAAUUGAGUCUCAAGAAAUGUGCUGAAGAUAUGGUUUCCGAGCAUUCGGAAGCUGUAGCUCUUGCUGCAUUGGCAAAGAGAAUAGAGUCAGGACUAAAGGAGGUCAACAAUAAGUUACUGGAGAAGAAUGAGAUUGUUCAAUACUUCAUUAAGAGGAACGGAGAAUUGUCAACCGAGAUUCGGACUGAAGAGACCAACAUCAAGUUCUUUCACUUGGAGUCAUCACUGAGUAUGAAGACACUGGAAUGCGAGCAACUGCAUGAGGAAAAUCAGAAAUUGUCGGAGAAAUUCAAACUCUACGAAGAAGCCGUGAACCACAAAGGAAAAAUCGACGUCGGCGCCUUACUAGUCGAGAACUCCGAACUAAAAUGCAAACUCGAAUCAUCGUCCACCCACCCCGAUUCCGACUACGGUGCACCUCCACACGAAGAACUUCAAAGCGAAGCCACCUUCGUCAAUCCCGAACAGCACAUCUCAGACUGGAAAGAAAACCCCAAGAUCCAAGAACUCAUCGCCGAAGCUGUCCGCUCUGCCCUCAACCAACAGCGAAAAUCCAUGAAACAUCUGUUUUUCGUCGGCCAACGCGUGCGCAAUCGAUUUCUCGAAAGAAAUUCCGCGCGCGACCCCCAAUCCAAAGAACGCAACGCCAUCUACGAACUCAGCAAUUCGAGCGUCUAUAACGGACGUCCCAUUACCGACGCUACCCUCUUUUCUCACGUACCGGGUAUUGCGUUUGAGAAGCGGACUGAUGAGCAGACAUUUAAGGACUUGUAUUGGGCGAGCUGGCAUACUGUGCUUCGUCUGCAGGACUGUGCUGAAUUUAUCGAAAUGUUGCGCUGGCAUUCGUCUAUUAAGGCUUGGCGUAAGGCGGACUAUGCGGAUACGGAGUUCUUUCGGACUUGGAUCAAGAAUGUUGAUACGUCGUUUGAAGAUAUGGAUUUAGAGGGCGUGCGUGCGUAUUGUGGGAAUGUUACGCGGAAACAGUUGAAAGCGUGUUAUUUGGAUGAGAAGAGGAGGAAUUCGAAGAUGAGGAGGGCGACGGGUUUGAGGGCGGGUAGUGGCAUUGCUAAUGGGAUUGGGAAUGGGAAUGCUAAUGGUAAGUCGGAUUAUCUUCCUUGCGAUUUUGAUUGUGGAUGUGGAGAACAAGGGCAGCUUCCGCUUGAAGCGGUGGUUGUGGAGGAGAAGAACAAAUAUGUGUCGCGAUUGCCGUUUGGUAGGCGAGAUACUGUAUUGUAG